AUGUGGUAAGACAACUUUACUCAACAAAAUUUGUAAUAAACAUUUACAAACUUAUAGUGGGGGAUCUCAAGAUACUAAAGAACCAAUGAUAAGUCUAAGCGCUUAUGGGAAAGGAUUUCAAUUGUUAGAUACACCUGGAUUUGAGGCUUCCUCUUCAAAACUAAAUAAUUCCAUCGGAAUCCUAAAAUCUCUAAUUGAUAAUCCUAUAAAUUAACUACUUGUUGUAUUAAGAUUAGAAAGAUUGGAUUUUUUGUUAUCUGAAUUGUAAAGGGUUGUUAAAAUAUUCAAAAGAUAUAAAGACAUUAUUACAGUUGUUAUUACUUUUUUUGAUUAAUGUGAAAACCAACAUUAAAUUAGAGAAAACAUCAUUAGACAUCUAAAGAAAUUAAAAGUAGAAUCAGUGAUAUUUAAAUGUCAGAAUACAUCAGGAGAUGAACUUUGUCGACAAAUUGAUAGUAGAAAUACUAAUUCAAAAUAAGGAAGAAGAUUUUAAUUAAGUUAAACAGAAUUAUUUAGUAAUUUUAUUCAUCUUGAUUACAAUGAAUAAAUCGAUUUCUUAUUUUUCGGAGCAUAAGAUUCGUUUAUAUGUUAAUUUAGGUAAAUAUAAAGAAAUUAUGAAGAAUUUAUUAAUUAAAUUCCAAACACUCAACCAAACAUGUCAGAGAUCAUACAUGAAAUAAUUUAAAGUAUCAAAGAGAAAGUUAAUAAUUAAUUUUAAGAGUUUAAAAAAAAGAAUAUAAAUUAUUUUAAAGAAAUAUAUGAAACUUAAGAUAAAGAUUUUGAAAUUAUAAUAGACUUUCAAUUUAGACUAGUUUUAUUAAGUCAUAUUUAGCGUCUUAUGGAUAAAGCAUUGAGUAAAAUGAAAUAAAGUGAAUCUUGUUAUUCUUUAAAAUAAUGUUCUUAUUGUGGAGAAAUUUGGAGGAGCUCAGAUGGUUUAUUAUUUUGUGGAUAAUAUGAGGGUAACGAAAAUUCAUUUUAAUAAAAAAUAUCAUCAAAGAAAUUAGGUUGUGGGAAUAAAUUGAUAUUGAACGAUAUGAAAUCUUUAUCAGAAUCCUUUGUGGAAGAAGUGUCAUAAAUUGAAAUUGAUGAUUAUUUAUUAGCUAUUUUAGCUUAGGACGAAGAUAAAACAAUCAAGGGAGUCAAGAAAAUUGAAACUUUAGUGAAAGAGAAAAAUAUUAUAUUUAUUUGA